UGUUUGAUGGGCAUUCCAGGUAGGCCUAUGAUUUGGGCCUAAGAACAUUCAAGACCAAUGGGAGAGAGUCUGAAGUUGAAGAUGGAAUUUCAUGAAGACAAGUCCACGCAUUCCGAAGACCCAAUUUCCGAAAAACCAGAAAGUACCUACCAAGCCCUUCCCCCUUCACUGGACGUAACUCGAUUGCUGGCAGAUGAGAGACUGCGUGCCGAGAAGUACAAAUUGCUCUACCAGAAUUUGAAAUCUACUCAACUGAGAAUGGAAGGAGAUCUGGAGGUUAUUCGAGAGGAAUUUCGCCAAUUACAGCAUGAGAAGGAAACAGCCGAACAGGAGCACAGGCGUGCCAUGGAGAUUGUGAAGGAACAGGUUGCGGCCAAGAUCUCUCAAUUGAAGGAGUUUGAAAUGAAAGGUAAUCUGCCAGGAGAAGACUGGAGAGCACCAGGGCAUAAGCCUUGUGCUGAACUGCUGGAAAGAAUUUCUGGUCUUGAGUUAAGAAAUCUGCAGUUGGAGCAGAGAUUGAAGAUGGUCCUAGAUGAGCAAGAGAUGCUCGUGACACAUCUGAAGCAGAAGGAUUUGGAGGCUGAGAAACAUCUUCAGGAGAGAACCCUCCGUUUCAAAGUCCAGGCAAGUCCAUAG